UGGACAAUAAAUCAGCUGAACUUUGCUUCCUUCUGGUUGACUAAGUAUAUAAAGCGCACUUCUCAGCCUGCAGCUUCACAGAGCCUGCAGAUUUCACAACUGAAGCAGCACUCAUCACUGUUAAACAUGAAGAUCGUUUUGCUUCUUUGUGCCACCUUUGCUCUGAGCACUGCGACAGAGCCAGUAGAGGAGGUGGCAGCUGCUCAGGAGACGCAUCCAGAUGUGGAGCCGCCGGUGCAGAUGUUGGACAGGAUACAAGAGAAGGAGGAGGUCGGAGUAGAGAUGGGGUCCGUCUUCCCGAGGAUCACCUGUCCACUCGGCUGGGCCAGAUAUGGAAACAGAUGUUUCAUCUUUAUCUACACCCAAAAGACCUGGGCAGAGGCAGAGAACCACUGUUUAAAUAUGAAUACCAACCUCGCCUCCAUCCACAACCUAGGAGAGUACGAUUUCGUCCAGGAGGUCGUGAGGAGCAACACUGGUCGUUUUACUGAAGCCUGGCUUGGUGGCUAUGAUGCUGUUAAGGAAGGCACUUGGCUCUGGAGCGAUGGUGAUUCGUUUUUCUACAGGGCUUGGGGCACUGGCCAGCCUGACAAUUAUCAUAAUAAUGAGCAUUGUCUCGCAAUGAACUACCCAGGUGACUACUACUACUACUGGGGCGAUGAGAACUGUGGGAUCAGGCUUCCCUUCAUCUGUGCAACAAGAUCAGUUUAAAUAUUAAGAAUUCAGGAAAACCUUUAUUCUGAAAAAUAACAGUAUGAAUCACAGGAACUGAUGAUGAUGAUUCUGUUGUUUCUCAAAAUGGUUUUGGGAAAUUGUGGAAAACAAAAUUACAAAAUAA